AUGAACUAUUUCGGUAGAGCUAUUGGUUCUGUAUCUAAAACAUGGAACUCCAUUAAUCCUGCUACGUUAUCUGGUGCAAUAGAUGUCGUUGUUGUUGAACAACAAGAUGGUGAAUUGUUUUGUUCUCCAUUUCACAUUCGUUUUGGUAAAUUUCAACUACUCAGGCCAAAUCAGAAAAAGGUCAAUUUCAAAGUUAAUGAUAAAUUAACGAACUUGCCAAUGAAACUUGGAGAAGCUGGCGAAGCAUACUUUGUUUUCCAAGCAGACAACGAUUCAAAUAUUCCCAAUGAAUUGAUCACCUCUCCUGUCGUGUCUGCAUCCUCUUCUCCCGAUACUUCUCCCAAAGUUUCUCCAGCUUCUUCUCCUUUGAGCUCACCCACAUUAACUUCAACUCAACCGAUCAACGAUUCUGUUGACUUUUUCGAUAUUAAUUCUGAACGACAUGAUGGAAAAGAAGAUUCUGACCCAUCUAUAGAUCCUCCAAAUAUAAAAGUCCUGGAUUCUUUUCCUGAGAUUAAUACAGCUUCAAUUCAGAAUUUUGAAACAAAUAAAUAUGCUGCCGAAAGGAAUCCUUUUCUUCAACGCAACUCCUCGCCAAAUAUCAAUCGUUCGUUCUCAAGUAUAAACUCAAGAGAAAUUGCGUUAGAGAGAGCAAGAAAACUAACACAUACUUUAUCUUUAAAAAAUAUUCCAACCAAAAUUGAAAGUAAUGGCGAUCUUUUGUUGGAUAUAAACGGCUACAAAUCUAAUGAAGAAAACAUUCAAAAUUCCGACGAAUUAAUUAAAAAGCUACUUAGUGAAGAAUUUGGGAAUGAUUAUGAUUUAUCUACAAUUAUGCAUACUGAUGAAGAAGGAAAUAUUAGGAUUUAUUCUUACGCCAAUGAAUUAAACUCUUCUAAUACAGAAAAUUCAAAUGAUACAUAUACAACAUGCGUGUCACCCAACAGUUUUUGUGAAUCCACAUCAUCAUUGGACUUAAAAUCUCAAAAUCAGGAGCAUAAUCUAUCUACUGAUGCACAAAAUUUACCAGAAAUAUAUUAUUUCAAAACUAUAAGACUAACUUCCGAACAGUUGAAAUGUUUAAAUCUCAAAUCUGGAAAAAAUACAAUGCAAUUCACGGUUGAUAAAACAAAGGCAACAAUAACAUCAAGGAUCUUUCUUUGGAAAUAUAAUGUACCAAUAGUAAUCUCCGAUAUUGAUGGAACAAUUACAAAAUCCGAUGCUUUAGGUCAUGUAUUUACCAUGAUUGGCCGAGACUGGACUCAUAAUGGCGUUGCCAAAUUAUUUACUGAUAUUGAGUUGAAUGGAUACAACACAUUAUACCUCACUGCCAGAUCAAUUGGCCAAGCUGAUUCAACUCGAUCUUAUUUGAAAAGCAUUGAACAAGGGGGCAUUUCUUUGCCUGAAGGGCCUGUGAUAUUAUCGCCUGAUAGACUAAUGGCUGCUUUGAAGCGUGAAAUUAUUCUAAAGAAACCUGAAGUAUUCAAAAUGGCCUGUCUCAACGAUUUAAAAAAUCUUUAUGGAAACUGUUAUCCUCCUCCCUUCUAUGCUGGAUUUGGAAAUAGAAUAACUGAUGCAUUAAGUUAUAGGUCUGUUAAUAUACCAUCUUCUAGAAUUUUUACCAUUAAUCCAGUUGGUGAGGUUCAUAUGGAGCUUUUAGAAUUAGCUGGAUACAAGUCUUCAUAUAUUCAUAUCAAUGAAUUGGUAGAUCAUUUCUUCCCACCUGUCAAUAUUGAUAAUCCUUUAAGAAUAGAUGAAAGAUUCACUGAUCUCGUAUUUUGGAGAGACCCUUUGCCAGAUCUUAGCGACGAAGAGAGUGAGGGUAAUACUGAUCUAAACAAAAAUCAAUCUAUUCCCAUUAUCUCUGAUUACCAGAUGAAAAGUUUUUCUAAUGUUUCAGAUGGACAUAAAAAGAAAAACAAAGUUGCAGAAGAAGAUAUUUCAGCAAGCAUCAAUGAAUAUGACCAAGAGUUAUCUUCUGAGGAUGAAAAUCCAAAAGCAAAUUCGAAUGAUGCUGACUACAGUGAUUUUGAAGGGGAAUAUGAAGAGGAAGAAAAUGAUGAUGAUGAUGAUGAUGGUGAUGAUGAAUGUUUUGAUAUUCUGUAUUCUAAUAAUAUAACUAAAAAUCUGCAUGGUACUCAGGGUUCAACUGCAAAAAAUAGAGUUUGUGGGAAUCAAUUUGAUAAUGGUAUAAAAAAUCAUAAUAGUAGCUUAAACCUUUCAAAAGAGAAAGAAAUGAUAACAGAUUUAACUGUGAUAUUAGGAGAUGUUGCCUCAGAAGCAAAUAAGUUUGUUUCAAAUGAAUCACAAUCUGAAACUGACGAUUUGGAUCGCGAUUUGAUUAAAGAAAUUUCCAAAGAAAUUAACAAAAUGAAAAUAGAUGAAAAUGAUACUGUUGACUCUUCAGGAGCUUUGAAUGGAAUUGGAUUACAUAAAAUCCAGUCGAGAUUUGUUCGAGCCACUGAGGUAAUGGCCAAUAUAAAAGUAGAGGAACAGCAACAACAGUACUCUGAGAAAAAAAAUACUGAAUCAAAACUUGAUGUCCAAAAUAAAUUGAAGUUAAAUUUAAGAUCUUCUAACGAAUAUUAUUAA